GUCGACAAUCGGCAAAAUUAGUUCUCGCUGGCAGCCGGAAGGUUAUAUGCUGAGUAAAAUGAGCCCGAUGAAGCAUAAUUUCGGCGAAUGCCCGGCGCCGAUUUGUAAUUUCACCGAGCAACUAGCCUUCUGAUGUUGGUGACGUCACGCAGGCAGGCAGGAAGAAGACAGAGAGGAGAGCGACCGACGAGAAAAUGGCGAGUCGCGCGACAGAGUUUGUGUUGUGUUCGCGAGAAACGUACUAAACGCCGCGGAUAACUGACAAUUUUAUGUGAACAUCGGCUAUCAGUUGAUGAGCGACGUCCUGGUUCACUCAGGCAACCAAAAUGACGGCAAAUAUGUACCGAGUCGGAGACUACGUCUACUUUGAGUCAUCGUCGACUUCGCCUUACCAAAUCCGGCGGAUAGAAGAGUUGAAUAAGACUCCAAAUGGCAACGUCGAGGCUAAGGUUAUGUGUUUCUACAGGCGGCGUGAUCUCCCGAACAGUCUCAUCAUGUUGGCAGAUAAGCACCAAAUGGCUUCUGCAGACGAAUCGCCUGUGGUGGCCAAAUUAAAAAAGUUGUGGCUCAAGGCACCAUCUGCAGACGAGGCCGAGGCUGUUCAACCCUUAGAAUCACCGCCUGAAGAUGACGACGAGAGCACGAAAGGCAGCACCAACAGUGGCGGUGGCAACGACAAGAGCGACUUGCUGAGCUCGAAACAGCGGCACCAGAUGAAGCACCGCGAGCUGUUCCUCUCGCGCCAAGUGGAGACCCUGCCAGCGACGCACAUUCGCGGCAAGUGCUCUGUCACCCUGCUCAAUGAGACAGAAUCCCUGCUCUCCUACCUCAAUAAAGAUGAUACCUUUUUCUACUGCUUAGUAUUCGACCCGGCUCAAAAGACUUUGCUCGCCGACAAGGGCGAGAUCCGAGUCGGCAGCCGCUACCAGGCAGACAACAUACCCCUUCUCAAAGAAGGAGAAAACGAUGACAGGAACAUGGCAGACUUGGAGACUCUUGUGUGGACUCCUGAACACAACCUCACCGACAGACAGAUCGACCAGUUUCUUGUCAUUUCCAGAUCUGUGGGCACAUUUGCUCGUGCCUUGGACUGUUCUAGUUCCAUCAAGCAGCCAUCCCUUCACAUGAGUGCAGCUGCUGCUUCGAGGGAUGUAACUUUGUUCCACGCUAUGGAUACGCUUCACAAGCACGAGUACAACACGGCAGAUGCCAUCAGCCAAUUAGUGCCGACGUCGGGUCCAGUUUUGUGUCGAGACGAGAUGGAAGAGUGGUCGGCGUCUGAGGCGAAUCUCUUUGAAGAGGCAUUGGAGAAAUACGGCAAGGAUUUCAAUGACAUUCGUCAGGAUUUUCUACCAUGGAAGACUUUAAAGAAUAUAAUUGAGUACUAUUACAUGUGGAAAACCACAGAUCGGUAUGUGCAGCAAAAAAGAGUGAAGGCGGUAGAGGCCGAGUCAAAACUGAAGCAAGUGUACAUUCCAAAUUACAAUAAACCAAAUCCAGCAGUAAUUAAUAGCAGUAAAGGUGGCAUUGUCAAUGGCAAUGGAGGUGAAAUCAACAGUGGAGGAAAAGCCUGUGAAUCCUGUAGUGCAACUUCAUCAAGUCAGUGGUAUGCCUGGGGGCCAUCGCAGAUGCAUUGCAAGCUGUGCAGCAACUGCUGGAACUACUGGAAAAAGUAUGGUGGUCUCAAGAGUCCCUCAAGGAUAGAGGAAAAUGAUUGCGAUUUGAAGAAAAAGUCGAGCGGAAGCAUCUCGGACGAAGAGCGAGGAAGCAGCAUCAACGGCCACAGACACAGAUGCACCAUCGUCAACUGUGGAAAGGAGUUCAAACUGAAGGCCCACUUGGCCAGACACUACGCCACCGCUCACGGCCUGGCAAUUCGCUCCGGAUCUCCAAGGCCAAUAAUGAAGACGAGAACAGCCUUCUACCUGUUCUCAACGCCACUGACCCGCGUCUCAAGACGACUCUGCCGCAACCUGCUGAUGGUGCGCCAUGCCGCAAGAGCCCCCUUUUGGCCCAUCAACAUCGCCACUAUCAAGCAAGACUGCCAAAUGCAGAUCGUGGGGAAAAGUUACGAGGAGCUGAAAGAACUGACCAAGUAUAAGAAAAAGGACCGGGGAAGCGUGACUAACAUUGCCACCUCGCUGGCCAAGGGAGAGCUGAUUGUGCCCCCAUGGCUAGCGCCCACCGACAAAGCGCUCAUUCCCAAAUCAGAGAGGAUUUCCUUCCCCAGGCCACCAAAGGGACCAGAUGGCAGCAUUAUCUAUGAGAGAGUACCCAACAAGCCAGAAGCUGAAAAGGUGAUCCAGAAUUCUCAGAUCGGAAUCCACAACAUGUCGUCUUCGUCCUCCCUAAAGAGGAGGGCCUAUGAAGAAAUCAAUGGAUUGGACCCUGACAUGGCUGAGUGGGGUGAAGAGGUGAGCUUACCACCCCCACGACAGCGCUGGCCCCACUCUGAGAUCAACCCUCUGGCGCGUGACCUGACGAGCAUCUCUGGCCCGCCACCAAGCAAGCGGCCCCACAAGGAGAACUCGGGCGCAAGUGCAGCCAACUACAUCCCCAGACACAUGGGCCAGACGCCGGGUAGAGCCGUGACCCAGCAGAACGGCAAGACCAAGAUUGGCACGCUGACGCAGCUGAAAAACGGACAGAAGCGGAUGUCAUGGUCCGACGCGCCUGAUGACAUGUACUUCCAUGUCCCUGACAGCACUAAGGUGCACUUCCGGAAGCUGAGGAAGCAGCUGACAAACAGCGACCUGCGGCGGGCCGCGCGCAAACCGUGGCGCCGGCUGCGCUGUAAUGAGGCCGAUAUGCUGGCAGCCGCGGUGGCCGCCGCCGCGGCCACUGCGACACGGCCGCUGAGCAUGGUGGAAUGACCCUACAUGAUGUCUCAGCUGGCGCCGCCGCCACCGCCGCCGCACCACCUGAGCAGCGCUGAGGCCGUGUUCCAGUCGCCGGCCAUCAUGGACCUUUUGUUCUCGGCCUCGGCGAUGGCCCCGCCGCCGCCCACGCACUUUUGAGCACAAGCGGCGCGGGGACGAACCAAACAGCAACGCAAGGCGGCGAGAAAACCAGACUCUCGGGCUCGGACGCUGCACCAGUGUUAAGUGUGUGUGCGUUUAAGAGUAAAAAUUUCAUCUUCUCUAGCAUCUGUAGCGACCGAAACAGUUUUUAGCCGCAGAGAAUCUCAAAAAAGAGUGACGACGCGCAUUUUGUUGUUGUUGCUAGGUUGUAAAAACAAGUGAAUGAGAAGGAGAGAAAGUCAUCUCGAGUUUGGCGAGGAGAGCAAGCGCGCGAAGCGACUGCCGGAUGGGCCAGCCUAUUGAUAUGUUGUUUUGGAAACACUGUCCGUGUGAUCAAAUUCACCUUCUGAACCCAACCUGCAGUUUCUGAAAUGGGCAUUGCAGCUGAAAUCAUUUGGAUGCUCUUCUCCCCAGAUGUAUUAAACAUAACCCUUUGAAAUCAAUCACAAAUGCCAAAGACCUAUGUAAAGUUAAAAAACUUUGACAAAGUAAAACAUUCUGACUUUGAGUUAUAGAAUAUUUAUCUUUUUCGGUACAUUAGCUUGAUUAUCAAUUUUAAACCUCCACGGUCAUUUGUAUUACACAUUUUAAACUUAAAAGGUCCCAUUUCAAGAACUGCAGAUCGUCUCGCAAGGUUUCAAUGCCUCGUGUCCGUUGGCCGACAAUCGUCUCUGCGCGGCUCACACGAUCGAAUUUUGGAGGAACUUUGAGGAAGCUGCUGCUGCUGCUUUGCCCCUUACUGUGCUGGGAGUAUGAUGGAUCGACGAUGAUGAUUUUUCAAUGACACUCUAUGAGCUACAGCAAUUAUUAUAAUUAAUACGGUUUUGAUUUCCGAGCACAAUUCAGCGUAAUAUUUUUCUUAUGGAAUACGAGUGAAUGGUGAUGCGAGAGCAAUAAGUAGGCACACGACGAUAUACUGUUUGCUGUCGCUCGUUUCUUUUUACUCUUGUGUUGGCGGCGCGAUUUUGACCUUUUUAAGUAGAAUCAUCGUUUUGCAAUGUCAUUGAGUGGCAAAUCAGUUUUCUCAUACGAUAUUUAUUUAUUUAAUGUUUCUUUUAAAACCCGGAGAUAAACAAUGAAGAGGAAGAAGAAGAAGAAUUCAUACGCUGGUAUCAAAGAUGUCUGGAUUUUAUAUUUUUAUUGCAUUUCUUUCGGAGGUCUUGUAUAAAAAAUCUUGCAUGUUUGUAACAUAGCCGUAAUUAUAAAAUUUUGUCAUCAAAUCACAUUUUUUGAAAUAAAUCCAUUUAAGCUAUUAAAAAA